AUGUCCCCCCACAGCGAGGUCGCCCUCAGCGGCAGUGAGCCGGCCACGCCAAACGGCAGUGAACAGGCUCACCACGGCAAUGGAUUCGACAGCGCUUCGCCAUACAUCAUUGGUGCGAUGGAGCAGCAGAACACCAGGAGUCCCGCGCCGCUGGCCAACGGACAUGCCUCAGAGAGCAAGAUGCAGCACAAGCAAAAGUCGCCCUAUCUGACUCAAUCGGCCCCGGACUCCGAGUUCGAUCUGAUCUGCGUCGGAUUCGGCCCCGCCAGUCUGGCUGUCGCUGUCGCUCUUCACGAUGCCAUCGCCUCAGGACGGAAGCUCCGCCCCGACGGCUCAGCUCCCAAAGUCCUCUUCCUCGAGAAGCAGAGCCGGUUUGCCUGGCACGCCGGCAUGCUGCUCCCCGGUGCAAAGAUGCAGAUCUCCUUCAUCAAGGACCUGGCAACCUUGAGGGAUCCGCGGUCAGAGUUCACAUUCCUCAACUAUCUGCACCGCAACGGACGGCUGAUCGACUUCACCAACCUGGGCACUUUCUUGCCGGCACGCGUAGAGUAUGAGGACUAUCUGCGCUGGUGUGCCUCCUUCUUCGACCACCUGGUCCAGUAUGGACAAGAGGUGUUGUCUGUGUCUCCCGAGUCAAAGACUGGAGACUCAGUGCGCACAUUUGCAGUCCAGUCGCGGAAUUCAAAGACCGGCGAGACGCAGUCCUUCCGAGGCCGCAACGUCCUCAUCGCGGCUGGCGGCCAGCCCAACUUCCCCAAGAGCUUCCCAGCCAAGCAUCCCAGGAUCAUCCACUCCUCUCAGUAUGCCUACAUGGUCCCAGAAAUCCUCUCCAAGAAGGACGCACCUUAUCGUGUCGCCGUUCUCGGUGCUGGCCAGAGCGCUGCGGAGAUUUUCCACAACAUCCAGACUCUGUAUCCCAAUUCCAAGACAGCGCUGAUUAUGCGCCCCGAGUUCCUGAAGCCCAGUGACGACUCACCAUUCGUCAACUCAGUCUUCAACCCCGAAUACAUCGACACCCUCUACCCCAAGUCGGCAAAGCACCGCAACAACUUCUUGACCGAGGCUCGUGCCACCAACUAUGGCGUCGUCCGAUUGGAACUCAUUGAGGAGAUGUACGAGCGCCAGUACGAUCAGAGGCGAGAUCUUGGUCCAGACCAGAAGAAGUGGCCUCACCGAAUCAUGGGCGGCCGCCAAAUCGCCAGCAUUGAGCCGCGGGAGGACUCCUUGGUGCUCAAGGUGCAGCACGUCACCGAGGGCGAUUUGGAGGGCUUUGUCGACGUUGUCGAUGAAGAGACUAUGGAAGUGGACCUGCUGGUUGCUGCUACCGGCUACCAGCGCACGGCACAUGUCGACAUGCUCCGCGACACCUGGGACAUGCUGCCCAAGGCGGCCCCAGUCGGUCAGGAGUAUCCCAAGGGAAUCACCGGAUGGAAGGUCGAGACAGGCGAGGGGGAGCGCAGGCUGACAGUCGCCCGAGACUACCGAGUCAAGUACAAGCCCGGAUCAGUGGCGGACGAGUCCGGCGUGUGGCUUCAGGGAUGCUGCGAGGGCACUCAUGGGCUGAGCGAUUCUCUCCUCUCUGUGCUGGCAACGAGGUCAGCAGAGAUUGUCGGCUCCAUCUUUCCCAGCAGCCAGUGA